GUCAACCAUGACGGCCAAACGUGCAGGUCUGAUCACCGACUCAUACAAGGUGGUGAAGAGAUCCAGGAGAGAGGAGAAGAGAGAGAAGAGGGCCCCAUCGCCUCCCCAAAAGGGUUAGACAUGUGUGUGUGUGUGUCCAGCAAACCACACAGCAGUCAUACAAGACAGAUGGAACAUUGUAAUAGAGUAUGAAAUUGAACUACUGUUUUCAAAUGACACCCAAAUCAUUUUAUUGAGAUAAUGAAUAGAACACUAGAAUAGUUGUAUUGGUCUCUGUAGAGGAAAUGAGUGAUUCAGUGAUGCAACUCAACUUGUCAAUAGAGCACUAUUUCCCCAGCUGUAUGUGAUUGGUCAUGGUGGUGUCACUCUAACGUCGCUUCCUGUCUGUCGUCCAAUCAGACGCUGAGCCGCGCCCCCUCACGGCCAGAGAUAAAGAGCUGCAGGAGCUGAGACAGUUUGACCUGGACUGGCGGUAUGGACCCUGCACAGGUACCCUGCAGCAACCGGUGUUAACUAUCUGACAACAUAUUUUUAAUACAGUUAUUCAUAAUAACAAUAUGCAGCACAGUGGCGCGCCAAUGUUUAAUCUUUGCACGGUCCUUUUAUCUUGUAAUUUUUUUCCUCUCCUGUUACGUAUUGCUUUGUGAAUUGUUUUAAUCCAAUCCAAUUGUUUUCCUUCCUGUAUCUCAUAGUGUUAUAUGAUCUACAGUAGCAUUCCUACUCCCUCUCUACUCACACUCUCUCUCUCUAUCAGGUAUCAGUCGUUUGCAGCGGUGGGAGAGAGCUGCACAGCAUGGGUUAAACCCCCCUCAGGAGAUCAGAGAUAUGCUGCUCAGCGCAGACACAGACCCAGACUACACACACUGGUACUAUCAACAAAAUAGUACACACACAACGCACAAGCAGAUGCGCACACACACACACACACACAAAUGCAUGUACAUUCUUAGAAAAAAGGGUUCCAAAAGGGUUCUUCGGCUGUUUCCAUAGGAUAAUCAUUUUGGGUUCCAGGUAGAACUCUUUUGGGUUCCAUAUAGAACCCUCUGUGGAAAGGGUUUUACAUGGAAACCAAAAUGGUUCUAUCUGGAUGUCACACCCUGGUUCUGGCACUCAUUAUGUUGAGCCAGGGUGUGUGCAUUCUAUGUGUUUAUUUCAAUGUUGGUAGUUCUGUUGUGUCUAUUUCUAGGUUGUUGUAUGUUUGUAUUGAGUGACUCCCAAUCGGAGGUAACGAGUGUCAGCUGUCGGCUCGUUAUCUCUGAUUGGGAGCCAUAUUUAUACUGUGUGUUUUCACCUUGGGGUUGUGGGUUUUUGUUCCGUGUCGGUAUUGUUAACCGUUGGACUUCACGAGUCGUGUUUUGUUUUGCAUGCUUUAAUUAAAUAAAGUAAUGUUUCUUUCACACGCUGCGCCUUGGUCUACUCACUCCUACGACGAUCGUGACAGAAAAACCCACCACAAAAGGACCAAGCAGCGUGUCCAGGAGCAAGGUGAUUGGACAUGGGAGGAAGCGCCGGGUAAGGAGAUCGAGAGGCUGGCGAUGGCCCAGGUGGGCAAAUCGUGGUCCUGGGAGGACAUGCUCGGGGGCAAGGGACCUUGGGGGAGGAUCAAGGCCCUGGCGAGAGAGGAGCAACGGCGGCAGCAGGGCCAUCGUCGGAAGGACGAGAGGCAACCCCAAUAAAUUUUUUGGGGGGGGCACAUGGCUUGGGCGGCUGGGCAGCAGGAGGCUGCCACAGGGCAAUUUGGAGAGGAGGCCACCGGGUUUUGGGGGCCAGAAGGCAGGUUGGCGGAGCCUGGAUGGAGAGCAGAGCCAACUCCCCGUACUCAGGCAUGGCAGCAUGAGACUGGGCAGGUUCCGAGGUAUGCGGAGCUGCGUACUGUGCCACGAGUGGUCCGGCACAGUCCUGUACGUCCUGUGCGAGCACCCCGCACGUGUUGUGCGAAGGUGGGCAUGCAGCCAGGACGGAGUGUGCCGGAUCAGCGCUCGCGGCCUCCAGUGCCUCUCCUCGGUCCCGGAUAUCCUGCGCCAGUGUCGCGUGCUGUUAUGCCAGUACGGGUACACAGCCCUGUACGUCCUGUGCUGAUGCCUCACACAGAGUGUGUGAAGGUAGGUAUUCAGCCAGGACGGGUUGUGGCAGCUCUUCACUCCAGGUCUCCUAUCCGUCUCCUCAGCCCGGUCCGGCCCAGUCCUGCUCCCCGCACCAAGUCUACGGUGUGCGUCGACAGCCCUGCCCGACCUGUUCCUGCUCCACGCACCAAGUCUACGGUGUGCGUCGACAGCCCAGUCCGGCCCGUUCCUGCUCCCCGCACCAAGUCUACGGUGUGAGUCGACCAGCCAUGCCCGGAACCUGUUCCUGCUUCCACGCACCAAGUCUACGGUGUGCGUCGACAGCCCAGUCCGGCCCGUUCAUGCUCCCCGCACCAAGUCUACGGUGUGCGUCGACAGCCCUGCCCGACCUGUUCCUGCUCCAACGCACCAAGUCUGCGGUGUGCGUCGACAGCCCAGUCCGGCCCGUUCCUGCUACCCGCGCCAAGUCUACGGUGUGCGUCGACAGCCCUGCCCGACCUGUUCCUGCUCCACGCACCAAGUCUACGUGUGUGCGUCGACAGCCGCCCCGUCCGCACCAAGCUACGGUGUGCGUGCCUGCCCUGUCCUGCCCCGCACCAAACAUGGUGUGCGUCGCCAGCCCAAGUCACGCACAAACUACGGUGCGGUCGAGAGAGGAGAAGAGAGAAGAGGGCCCCAUCGCCUCCCCAAAAGGGUUAGACUGUUGUGUGUUGUCCAGCAAACCACACAGCAGUCAUACAAGACAGAUGGACAUUGUAAUAGAGUAUGAAAUUGAACUACUGUUUUCAAAUGACACCCAAAUGAUUUUAUUGAGAUAAUGAAUAAACACUAGAAUAGUUGUAUUGGUCUCUGUAGAGGAAAUUAGUGAUUCAGGUGAUGCAACUCAACUUGUCAAUAGAGCACUAUUUCCCCAGCUGUAUGUGAUUGGUCAUGUGGUGUCACUCUAACUUCGCUUCCUGUCUGUCGUCCAAUCAGACGCUGACCGCGCCCCCUCACGGCCAGAGAUAAAGAGCUGCAGGAGCUGAGACAGUUUGACCUGGACUGGCGGUAUGGACCCUGCACAGGUACCCUGCAGCAACCGUGUUAACUAUCUGACAACAUAUUUUUAAUACAGUUAUUCAUAAUAACAAUAUGCAGCACAGUGGCGCGCCAAUGUUUAAUCUUUGCACGGUCCUUUUAUCUUGUAAUUUUUUUGUUUUCCUCUCUCUGUUACGUAUUGCUUUGUGAAUUGUUUUAAUCCAAUCCAAUUGUUUUCCUUCCUGUAUCUCAUAGUGUUAUAUGAUCUACAGUAGCAUUCCUACUCCCUCUCUACUCACACUCUCUCUUAUCAGGUAUCAGUCGUUUGCAGCGGUGGGAGAGAGCUGCACAGCAUGGGUUAAACCCCCCUCAGGAGAUCAGAGAUAUGCUGCUCAGCGCAGACACAGACCCAGACUACACACACUGGUACUAUGAACAA